UCCAAAAAUGUCAUCGAAACUGCUGAAAGACUUCGACGCUCUGCUGUCCGAGGUUGGAUUAUUUAGGAAAGUCAUAACAAACGAGAACAGCCUGUUCCGUGCUGUUUCCGAAGCGGUUUACUUUACACAAAGUCUGCAUGAAAAAGUUAAGACAAAAUGCCUGGAGCAUCUAAAAAUAAAUGUGGCGGAGUACCAGAAUUUUACUGGAGAAUGUCUUCAAGAAAGGAUAACCUAUUUACAACAAAAUAAAGCCAAUGCUGGUCAUCUAGAAAUGUUAGCCAUGUCUGAUAUCUACAGAAUGGAGUUUGUCUUUCUGUCUGCACCAUCGCUCAACACAUUUUCUGUCAGCAAAAAUAAGUUUGAGAAAAAGAUCAUCCUGUGUGAGAUAGGUGACCACUAUGACCUCGUCUACACGAAGGACCACAUGCAAUCAUCAGCUGUCUGCCAAUCAAUUGUGUAUGACAUCCUCUAUAGAGGCGUGUUUGGUCUAAAAACAGAAUUGGAAGAAGCUGUGCUGUUCCUGGAGCUACAGAAACUCCCAAAGGAAAGCAACAUCUCAAACUGUUCACUGUCUGACGUCAUCACGCUGUUUGGCCGGGAUAAAGUCGAUACACUGCAG